CGUCUGAACACUUUUGGGUCAUGUCAUCCCCAUAUGACUCUAGCAUUUUCAGCCUUGUGUUUAAAGGCGUGACUCAGAAUGAAUAAAUUACAAAAAGACUUCAAGAAAAUAGAAUAAAAAACACACCCGAUCACUGAAUGUAUAUCAAGAGACCGACAAGGCCCCAGACGCUACAGGCUUUGUUCCAAAACGUCAUUGGUUCCACCGGCACACCACAUACGCUUGUAGCAAACAACAACAACACAAUCACACUCGCACGUCAAGCAAGCCAACAUAUCAUCACACGGCAAGGUUUCACAAAACAGCCCUCCAGUCAGCAGACUCACACUCAACGCCACCACAGCCAUCAGGCCUGGCAUCUAUCUUCAGGGAUGGAGGGACAAGGUAGAAGCAGGCGUGGAGGGCGAGGUGGUGGUGGCGGCGGCCAGUCUCGCGAUGUCAGCAUAUCACGCGCCCUGUCCCGCCUGCUACGGCAUCAGGCCGCAAAUGCGGGCAUCCAGCUCGACGGUGAGGGGUAUGCGCCGCUGGACAAAGUGCUGGCGUGGGGACCCAUCAAAAGCCUCAAGGCGACGCUGCCCGAGAUACGCGAAGCCGUAUCCAGCAGCGACAAGCAGCGCUUCAGCAUGAAGCCCCUCUCGGCCAGCACGUCGCCCGACUCGACCGACCCGGCCGACUUUCUGAUCCGCGCCAACCAAGGCCACUCGAUCAAGCUCGAGUCGGCCGAGCACCUGACGGCCGUGACGGUCGAGGCGGGCAACGUGCCCGAGGUGGUGGUGCACGGUACGUACUACGCCUUUUGGCCGGCCAUCGUGGCUUCGGGCGGCCUGCGGCCCAUGGGCCGCAACCACGUCCACUGCAGCACGGGCCUGCCCAGCUCCGAGGCCCAGGUCGUCAGCGGCAUGCGGAGGGACGCCGAGCUGCUCGUUUACCUGGACGUCGAGCGCGCGCUCCGGGACGGCGAGAUGAAGUGGUGGCUGAGUGACAACGGCGUCGUCUUGACCGAGGGUGGGCAGGGUGGUUUGGUGCCUGUCAAGUAUUUCAAGGAGGUCGUGGGUAGAAGACCCAACGAGGUCGGGGUGCUUUGGAAGGACGGUGAGAAGGUGGCCGAUCUGCCAGAGGGUUUGAAGAUCAAAGUCCCGGCCGGCAAGGAGAGGCUAGGUGGCGGAGCUGGUCGGGGUAGAGGGGGAGGUCGCGGCCGAGGGGGUCGCGGAGGCAGGGGAGGCAGGGGAGAUGCGACAGGCGAGGGGACUGAGCAGAGUGACGCCAAAAGCUGACAUGGUAUGCUGUAAUUGAACUCAUAUAACCAUCUUCGUUCCCCAACAAACAAAAAAAGUCAAGGCCCGUAUAGCAUAUCAUUACCAAGCGAGUGUUUUGGACUCUUGUUGACUGGCCAGCAAUCCA